AGAUCUACAUGUAUUAGACCGAUUCCACGUUUGGCCCGAUUGGACCCGUGAAAUCGCGGGAAGUUCCUGAAAGAAAGUUCUUCUUGAAUAGGAUUGACAAAGGUACGGACUUUUGAGAAGAUAACUUUGCCAUGAUCAACAUAUUUGGAAAACUGUACACAUUGUUGAGGCGACCACAGGCGGUUCCUGUGAAUGCUACUGCAGCAAAAACACCAACAGAAAAUACCCACUUGGACCCAACGAGGCAACACGACACAUUGGAAGAUGGUCCAGCUGAUGGGGCAUCUGGCGGGCUUGUCGAGGAUUGUGCCCUGACUAAAACUGGCUCCGAGAGCGGUGUGCUUGACCCUACCAUCUCUAAGCUAAGGACAGAGUCUACCACUAGUGCAGACUGGGAACACAUUCAGCCUUCAGAUGGCAAGAUAAAUGUCUCUACCAAUAUUGAUAUCAAUGUCUCUGCCAAUGUUGAUGAGGGUUUUGACGUAAUAACAGAUUCAGAUGUCAAUCAUGGAAAGGAUGCUUACAAGACACAAAUAGAUGAAGACAAACACCAGAAGAAGAAUGGAGUUGAGAUGAAGUCCUCAGCAAUCACAACAGAAUCAGAUGUUGGUAAGUUUAAAGUCUCGGACCAUAAUCAAACAAACAAAGAUGAGCAUGUUAAGCAGAAUGAAUCAGGGAAUAAGAAAAAGGCUAUUGAUAAGAAGCAGAACAAUGAGACCAUUGAUGAACAGCGAGUAAACAGUACAGAUCAUGAUAAGGAACAGUCAGUCAGUGAGAAACAGAUGAAGACAGAUGGUGAGCCUGAGAGAAAAGAAUCAAUGGAUCAAGCCACAUGUGCACAUAAGGAAUCGGCAUUAGAAGAAGGAAAUUCUGAAGAAGUUGAUGACAAGUCCUGCCCUGUUGUUGAAGAUGAUGCCAGUAGCCUGAUUGAACAACCCGAGCAUGUUGAAAAACACUCACAGAAGAGCGGAAAUAAAGGUAAACGUGAUAGGAAGGUGUGCAAGUACUUCAAGAAAGGGCAGAAGUGCUGGAAAGACAAGAAAUGCCCCUUUGCCCAUGUCAACUCUGGAUACACAGAAAUGGGAGAAGAUGCUGACAAAGAGAACGUGUCAGAGAAAGAGAAAGAGCAAUCACAGAGGGUGAAGAUUGUUGAGUCUGAUUAUGCAACAUACUUGGACUAUGCCCUCGCCAUGACAGAGCAUGGCAGACAGAUUGCCGCCAAGGACUUGGUGUACAAGCUUGGUUACAUGCGCAGCACGGACAGAGAGUCCAUCAGCAAUGCACUCAUUGGUCAGUUUAAAAUGGCCAAGAGCAGGGAGAACCUGGGCUGGAUGAAGGAGGCACGAUACUUAGCAGAGAUGUUCUACGACAAUGGCUGGAUAGAUGAGAACAUGCCUCUGAAAGAACCAAAGCAUCGUGGCAAGAAGCAACCAAAAUCCAAGAAAAGCAAGAAUGAUGCGUAUGAUCCAAACCCUGGUGGUAUUUGUAGAGAUUUCCGCCUGAAAUCAGAUCCAAGCCUCCCUGUUAUAGUAACCAAUGCUGCUGGGGACGCCGUCACCAGUGGGGGUGGUGAUAUGGAACCCUUGUGUAUGGGGGACAAUGUCACCAGUGGAGGUGGGGAUACGGAACCCCAGUGUACAGUGAAAGGGACUGGGGACGUAGCAGGGCCACAGAACACCUCAUCUGAUGGCCAACUGGUGGAUGACUACACUGAGCAGGUGAUUCAGAAGGCUAUGACCAUGGCUAUUAAUGAUGGUUUGUCCCAGUCCGCCAUCAUGGAAGUGAUAGAAGACGUCACAUCUAUCACCAAGGUAACACCAAGGAAGCAGACACAGCCCACCACGGUUGACCUUACCCAGACACCACGGUCCCGGUUCAACCAGCUGGCCAUCGGUUUUAACUACCACAGUGAGGUGGUUGCUAAGGAGUCCCGGAAGACGCCAUUUGGAGAAAUAUACCAGCCUGUGCAGGCUUCGAAAUCUCCAGAGGAUCAUCUGGCAGUGGGGUUCAGUUUCCACGCUAACCAGCUCUUGAAAGACGCUCGAAGGACGGAAUGCGGUGAAGUCAUAAUACCUGGCGUUAUUGUCACCCCAGGAAAACGCACACGUGAUCAGUUGGCUGUUGGGUUCAGUUACCAUGCCAACGAACUAGCCAAGGACAUUUCAGUUGAUGCUGGUAAAAAUGAGGCGGAAGAAAAUGAAAAAUCCAGCAAAGAGGAUGUUCCCCUUAUUGAAACUUUGGAGAAGGAUCUCCAUGUUGAUAUUGAAGAUAUAAAGAAAGGCAGGAAAUUGUUUCAGGACACGUAUGCUAUUGGGUUCAGCUACCACUCUGAUCUUGCAAUAAAUAAACAGCUAGUGGAAAUCAACGGUAACAUGGACAGUGAAUUUGCUUCAAGUUUGGUCCAGGAUGCAGCGUUUGACGAGGAUCGUAACCUGGCAGAGAUUGAGUCAGAAUUACCUCCCUUGGGUCGUCUGCCUGCAGGAAGUGUCUGGUAGAAUAAAUAAGAUAUAGCGUGUUUUCGAAAACUGUUCAAAAUAGAAUUCCUCAAAAUGUUGCCAAGCAAAGUUGUGUGCUCGGUUAUUAGUAUGUACUAAAAAUGUUUCUUAAAGUCCUCAGGAAAAUAACAAAGAUAUUUGAAUAACUAAAAAAUUUCGUGUAUGUGUGGCAAAUUGAUAAAUUCCGAUGUCUUUGUUACUUGUUACAAUGUAAUGUAGUGUACAGUGCAAUUUUACUUGUCUCAUUUGACUUGUUUGUAUUUGAUGUUGUUAAUGUUAAUCAGUAUUAACGAAGUGGGUUUGAUUUCUUUGUUUGUUUGAUAUUGUAUACCUGUACAGUAUUGUUUGUUAAUAAAAAAAAAUUCAUAA